UAAAAGUAAUUCAGGCCUUUUAGCCAUUACCCGUCGCCGCUGUCCGCCAUGGAAAUUUCCUGAACCUCCAGCAGCAAAUACGAUAUAUAUAUAUUCUCACUACUUGAGUACAAUACUGAGCUUUUGCUGUUUGUUAGAAUUCCUCAUCAUGGUCUCAGUGGAGGAUUCUCGCUCUCACUCGCACUCAAACCCUAAUAUUACUGCUGCCUACACGCAAACGCGGCCCUACUACUACUACACUCCGCCGCCGUCUUCCGCCAGGACAAGCCGCUCCAUGGGGAGGUCCAUGCGUACAAUCCGAUCCACAAUUUUCACUCCCGAUCAGCGCUCAGGUUCGGUUCACGAGAAAUCGCCCAACGUGUCGGAGAAUCUCACCGAUUCGGUCAUCGACCUCCGCCUCGGAGAGCUCGCUAGCAAGUCGUUGAGCAAUUCGAAAGGCCAGAGUUCCUCGGAAAUCGACGAUGCCUUGGACGUUUCCCGAGCUUUCAGCGAUUUCUCCGCGUACUCCAGCGACAUCUCUGGGGAGCUCCAGCGUCUCGCUAAUCUACCUGAUCCGUACUCGAAUGAGAACCAUAGUUCGGGGCCGGAGAUUGAACCUUGUUCCGGAUUUUUGCAGAGAGAAACUUUUUCGACUGAGAUUAUUGAGAGCAUCUCGCCCGAAGAUCUCCAGCCUACGGUGAAACUCUGCAUCGAUGGGUUGCAAUCGUCGUCAAUUGCAGUGAGAAGAUCGGCAGCGGCCAAAUUGCGGUUGCUGGCUAAGAAUCGAGCCGAUAAUCGGGCUUUGAUUGGUGAAUCUGGUGCAGUGCCGGCUCUGAUUCCUCUUCUUCGUUGCUCCGACCCUAUGACGCAGGAACACGCAGUGACGGCGUUGCUUAAUCUUUCCCUCCAUGAAGGCAACAAGUGCGUGAUCACAAACGCCGGCGCUAUAAAAUCCCUAAUCUAUGUCUUGAAAACAGGAACGGAGACUUCCAAGCAAAACGCUGCCUGUGCGUUACUCAGCUUGGCUUUGGUCGACGAGUAUAAACUGCCGAUUGGGGCAAGUGGUGCCAUACCUCCAUUGACUGCAUUGCUGAUAGAUGGGUCGAAUCGAGGCAAAAAGGACGCGCUUACAACGCUCUACAAGUUAUGCUCAGUUGGUUUGAACAAGGAGAGAGCAGUAAGCGCGGGUGCAGUGAGGCCGCUGGUGGAGCUAGUGGCGGAGCAAUGCACCGGAUUGGCUGAGAAGGCAUUGGUUGUGUUGAGCGGCUUGGCUGGGAUUGAGACUGGACGAGAGGCAAUCAUCGAGGAAGGUGGGAUUGCAGCGCUGGUGGAGACCAUUGAAGAUGGGAGUAACAAAGGGAAGGAGUUUGCAGUUUUGACUCUGCUUCAAUUGUGCACAGACAGUGUUAGAAACAGAGGAUUACUUGUCAGAGAAGGGGGCAUUCCACCACUGGUGGCGUUGUCACAGACUGGGACGGCAAAAGCUAAGCAUAAGGCUGAAACGCUUCUUGGAUACUUGAGAGAACCAAGGCAGGAAGCUUCCUCUUCUAGUCCCUAAAGAGUGAAGAAGGUAUGAGACUACAGGGUGUUCUUCAUUAUCUGGCAUAAUGCCUUUGUGAUGGUUUGUUGCUAGCUGUGCAUAGUAUGUUAAUAAACUUGUACAAAGUGGUUGAGUAGUUUGCAGUAUGAUUUGGCGCGAAAGUGCAUAGAUAGUUAGAAUUUAGUAGCAAGUGAGAAAGAAUCUGACUUUUAGUAGUAUUUUGCUUGACUGAGUCUUUUCUGUGGAAACCUCCAUCUUCCAUUUUGCUGACGGCAGCAAGCAUGGUUGCCAUUGUUGAGAGGAUUAAAGUUGUCAUUAGCUUUUGUUCAGGCUUAUUAUUCAUUCAUUCAUCCCUUGUUUUGUUUGGGAUACCCAAAUUCUUGGACAGGUUUUGGGUAAUGAUGAUAGGCCAAAUAAGACUUGCAGUGUUGUUGAAGCUUGGCUUGUAGUAUUAUUAUUUUUGUUAUACUAUAAUGUUUACUUCUACUGUCA